AGUUACCGUAACUCAUUCAGUACAAUUUCACUUUUAAUCAUUCAUUCAAUCUCAGGUUCUUAUCAUUGAAUAGGACCUUAUUAUUCUUUUGGAAAAUAAUGUUUCUAUGAAUUUCAUUUAUUAUUACUUUCUGCUUUAAAAAAAUGGUGACUAUAAUAAAAAACCAGUUAUUAAAACAUCUAUCCAGGUUCACAAAAAACUUAUCACCGGAGCAAAUCUCACUAUCGGCACUUCGAGGUUCCGGUGAACUCCAAGACUUGACCCUCGAUGAAGAUUUACUUACUGAUCUCCUAGAACUACCAGGAUGGCUGCGGCUCACAUCUGCUAAAUGCAAUCGAGCAUCUUUCAGGAUACAAUGGACCAAACUGAAGACUGUGCCCAUUGUACUGAAUCUAGACGAAGUCCAUAUAGCUCUGGAGGUAUGUUCGGAACCUCGGGUUAUGAAUCCGAGUGCGGCCGGUGCUUUACCUGUUCCAGGAAAAUAUAGUUAUAUACACAAGGUGAUAGACGGAAUCUCAGUGGCUGUGAAUCAUGUACAAAUAGACUUCAACUGUGAUGCGUUCACCAGUAGUGUUCAAAUUUCAAGGGUGACCGUUGAGUCACGCACUCCAGACGGUCGGAAAGGGGAUCUAAGACUGACUAGAAUCAAAUGUACUGAUACGGGACAACUACUUAUUUUUAAGGAGCUGGAAUGGCAGAGCGCUCGCAUAGAAGCCAAAGCCCACGGCGCGGCUUCGGCUAAUUUACCUCCCUUGCGACUCUUGUUAGGGAAUACACACUGUCGUAUUGUUAUAAAGAAGAGGCUAUCAGAUUGUGCGGUGAUAGCAUCCCGACUGGCCAUCUGCCCGGAACCCGUGGCGUGGGCGCUCACAGACGGGCAGCUCCGCGCCGCGCUGGCCUGCGCCGCCGCCCUCGCGCAGCCCGUGCGCCGGGCCACCGCCGCCGCCACCAGGGCCAAGGCGCUCAGGAAGAUAGAAGAGCCCCGGGAGCAGAUACAGAGCCGGCCGAGCGGGGCGGCGGGCGAGCGCGACAUCCUGGCGCGGGUGUUCGCUAAGCACGACGUCCGGGAGACCUCGUACCAUCUGCUCGCGCCCAGGAUCGACUUGCAUCUAUGCGACGAUCCGGGAUUGGGUCGUUCAGAAAAGCCGUCUCUAUCGAAAGGUGGCGCUCUUCAAGUUACGCUGAUCAGCAUGCAAGCUGACUUAUUCCCAUACCACAAGGCGUCUAACGACAGGAGGCACUGGAAAGGCUACAGAGAAUCCGCAACGCCACACAGUCAGUGGCUGUCUCAGGCGCUAUCAUCGUUCUGCACGAAUUUGCUGGAAACACUCGAUCCGAGGCCACUCUCUACUAACAAUAAGAACCAGGUCGCGAGAGGUGAAGAGACAGCGUCGAACGGUACAGGUCAGAAGCCGGCAGCGGAGGCCCCGCAGCGCAGCGCCUCCAGUGCCCCGCCCGCUACGACUACGUCACAACCGUCACCAACAAGAACUCGUAUACUUCAACAACUAGGAAAACUGAUGACGACAUGUCUGGUGCUGAGGAUAGACAAUUUCACGGUAUAUAAGGUAUCAACUGGUUCGAAAACUUACGAAGCCUUGCGGCCUCUAGUCAACGCAGAGAAGGCGACUCUGCCCGGAGACGCCGGCCUCCUGCACGCUGAACUCACGUUCUUCUACUACCCCGGAGACGACUGCUUCCCAGUCCCGGCCCCGAAGCUGUACGUCCAGCUGAGUCCGGUGCGCGUGUCGCUGGACGUGAACAGCGCGGUGUGGCUGGGCGCGUUCCUGCCGCACGUGGCGGGCGCGCUCGCCCCGCCGCGCCGGGGGGCCGUGGACCCCGACACGCCCCCGCCGGCCCCCUACAUGGACGUCAGGAUGGAAGCCAUUAUGCCAAAGGUAGUGCUGGAGGCGGGCCCUGAGCACGUGUCUCAGCAGCGGGACCGGCCCAAGGAGCUGCACGUGUGCACCGCGCGCGCCAUGCUCACGAACGUGCGAGAAUCGCCCAGAGCCAACACGGCCGGUACCAGAGCUGAUUUAGCUGCCAUACUGUCAGCCCUGAGGAGGGCGACACCGCCCAGAGGAGAAUUCCCAGCUUCGACUGAAGAUCUGGAUCCUAUACACGAACAAUUUGUUUUACACGCGGACAACCUAGACGACGUGGAUCGUGGCACAGCCAUAAGUCCGGAGCUGCUGUGGCGCGAGAACCGCUCGGUGUGGUGCGCGCGCGUGGAGCCCCUGUGGGCGGACUUCUGUGGCGCCAGGGCUACCAACUACAAGCCCGCGCCCCUGCUCGACGCCACGCCGCUCACCGCCUGGUUGUGCUUCAAUGAUGACCUUUCUCGCAUAUGGGUGGUGGGUCGGACGUGCGGUCUGGCCGGACUACAAGUGAACCACUACCAGUUGUUGUUCCUGCUGCGGCAGCUAGAACGCGUCUCCGAGAUGAUGGCGUGGCUGGCGCACGACGCGAGCAGACAGCCUGACGCAGAAGAAGGGUCAAUCGUUGUAGGACUUGUGGUUCCAGCAGUGGAACUAACAUUCGUGCUUCCGUCGAACUGUCCCGGUCAGGAGUCUUCUCGAGAUUUGGACAGUGUUCCUUUGGAUUCGUCCAGCUUGCAAGAUUUGAAAAUGGGAUCCGAAGCGACCAUGGCGCCCUCUAUUCAAGACAGAGACAGCGGCGUGCCCCCGGCGAGCAGUGUGGACGUGCUGUUAGCGCAGUCCCUGCCCGCAGAGGAGGUCCCUCCUCCCGCGAGUCCGGGACUUAACUUCGGAGGUUUCUCAACGAUGCGACGCGGUUUCAAUUCGCUAGUGACUUCGAUAGACAGCGCCCUCACACGAGACGACACGCGCAGCGACGCCGCCUCCACCGCCAGCUCGGACAGCGACCGCUACGUGGUCGUGGGGCUGGCCGCGGAGUCGCCCGACGACGCAGACCUCGCCUUCAGAGAAUUCGAACAUGGUCGUGCGUCCAGCGCCGUGGAGGUGGCCGCCGAGGUGGUGGAACGGUCCUCGUCGCCGAGCGACCACUCUGUCACCAGCUCGUGUAGGAGACGUGACGUUAUAUCAACGUCGACAUGGCGCCUGAACAACAUACACGUCGUCCACCAGAGCGCCAACGGCAGCUCUAGACUGCGGCUCGCCGCCGACGACCUGGUCUCCGACGAGUGCACCGCCAUACCCUGGGACGAGUUCCAGACCCGAAUCAAGAACAAAUUUUCAAUGCGCGCCCGUGCUUGGACCGAACCUGCUAUAGACGAGGACAGCGAACUCAAACCCCGAGAAACACCGAACGUAGCAGCUAGAUUGACCAGGACAGAACUAUCGAGAACUUUAAACGAAAACGGCGAAGCAACCGGCCUGGCUCCAUACGAAGAGCUACUGGAGGCUCGCGUGCGGGACCUCAGCCUCGCGCUUAACAUGAGCACGGCGCUCGCUCUCUCGGAGUUCAUAGAAGACGAGGUCAUCGCACCGCCCAUGCCUCUAGAAGUUUUAAUAGAAAACGUGAAGGUGCAUCUCGUGGAAGACCGCCCGGUCCGUUCGAUACUGUCGCCGCCGCCGCAGCCCCUGGACAUCGACCUGACCACCCUCCGCGUCACGAGGGCGUCGGACGGCGUGCUGAGGCUCGGGCCGCCGCUCUCCACGCCCUCCACGGUGGCCUCGCCCAGCACUCCACAACCGAACCCCGAACUGGACGAAGCCAGGGCCACAAUAGACAGCUUGAACAAGGAAAACGAGGAGUUGAGGAAAAGACUGCUCACUCUGUCGAGGAUCGCUGAUGACAAUAGGGAAUUGCGAGCGAAAGUAGAAGAGGCCGCCGCGCUGCGUCAGUGCGUCCACAAGGCGCAGCAGGAGGCCGUCAGCUUGCUGGCCGACAAGCAGGAGCUGCUGGAGACCGUCCGCGCCCUGCAGGAGCAGGCGGGUUGUCGCGGCAAGAGGUAGCGGUCCCCCGGCGGGGCGCCGCACGGCUGCCUCGACUGCACCGCGUGCUGCGGACACGACCCCUAGCAGCGCGCCAACACACCAACAAACAUUACUUUGCUAUCUAUAUAUUAAUACGUGAAGAAAAAACUUUGUACCACUUUUACGAAAAUUGCGUGGACGUAGGAAAUUGCCUACACUUACAGAG